GACCUUGACAAUACUAUAAGCUGCAAAUUAUAUUGUCUGAAGCACGGUUCCAUUUCUUCAUCGCUGCUUGGGAGCAGGGGUUUUCCGGCCUCAGUUCGAAUGAACUUCGCUGCAACUAGGGCUGAGUUUUGAAUCAUGACGGAGGCAGGAUUUAAUUUUAAUAAAUUGAUACAAGAAGCUCAAGGUCGAUGGUUGAAACCUGCUGAAGUUCUCUUCAUAUUGCAGAAUUACAAGAAUGACCAGAUUGCCCAUGAGCCCCCUCAAAAACCUGGAAGUGGAUCUUUAUUUCUUUUCAACAAGAGAAUCUUACGUUUUUUCCGUAAAGAUGGUCAUAGUUGGAGAAGAAAGAGAGACGGAAGAACUGUGGGGGAAGCACAUGAAAGGCUCAAGGUUGGAAAUGCUGAAGUUCUAAACUGUUAUUAUGCACAUGGAGAGCAGAAUCCUAAUUUUCAAAGGCGCUCCUAUUGGAUGCUGGAUCCGGCAUAUGACCAUAUUGUUCUGGUUCACUACAGAGAUAUAAGUAAGAGCCCAGGCCCAUACUCUACUCAAUAUGCAGGCUCAUCUGUGGUCAUUAAUGAAUCAUAUGAACCAUACUCCUGUCCUGGAUCGGUGGAAAUUAGUUCGCAUGCAACCACUACCAGCUAUGGGAUAUGCCAGUCGAGCAUUACAGAGAGGACAGAGGACGUAUGCAGUUCUUCAGCGCUUGAAAUGAGCCUAGCAUUGCAGAAGCUUGAGGAGCAGUUGAGUUUGAAUGAUGACAGCUUGAAAGAAAUUGAUCAAAUCUAUGACAUAGAGAAAUCAUCCGUUGAAAAUUCUUUAAAUGAUCACAGCAGUUUCUCUAGUCCUGAUGAUUCAAACAGUUCCGUGUUGUGGCAGCAUUCAGGUUACUCAAGUGAGCAUAAUCAUCAAAUCUCAGGGUAUGGAAUAGACUCACAGAAAGGGGAUGAGAUGAGAAUGCUGCUUGCAAGAGAGCCAGUAGAAACCUCAGAAAAUAUUUGGCUUAAUUCUGAUGUAAACGAGGCUCAAAUCUCUUCAAUUACAAGUCCCGAUCAAAUUGAAGAUUUCAACUACCCCCUAUAUUUUCCUGAACUAAAUGCUUACAAAACUGUUCCGGUGCAAUAUCCAACAUUAUUUGACCAGGGUCAGACUGGAAUCUCUCUUGAAGCGGACAUGGGCUUAACUAUUGCUCAAAAGCAAAAAUUUACAAUUAAGGAAAUAUCUCCUGACUGGGGAUAUACUGCUGGGGCUACAAAGGUUGUCAUCAUCGGAUCUUUUCUUUGUAAUCCAUCAGAAAGAGAAUGGAUGUGUAUGUUUGGUGAUGUUGAAGUUCCUGUUCAGAUCAUUCAAGAAGGCGUCAUCCGUUGCCAGGCUCCUCCACACUUGCCUGGCAAAGUCAAUCUUUGCAUUACCACGGGUAACCAAGAAUCAUGCAGUGAAGUUUGGGAGUUUGAGUACCGAGUUGAGUCCACUGGAAACAUCAGUAGCCUACCUGAAAACCAAUGCACUUGUAAGAGUCCUGAGGAACUAUUCCUGCUCAUCAGAUUUGGACAGAUGCUUAUUUCAGAUGAAUCGAAGCAUAAACUUUGUAGUACUGAUUCAGGAAAUGAUUUUUUGGAAAAAAUCAAAGUGGGUGAGGAGCCACAGAGUCAAGUCAUUGAGGCUCUCUUAUUGGGUGGUUCGACAUCAAAUCUCACAAUUGAUUGGUUUCUCCAGGAACUUCUAAAAGACCAGUUGCAGCACUGGAUCUAUUCAAAAUCAGAAGGAAAAACUAACUUGUCUGGGUGUAUAUUGUCUAGGAAGGAACAAGGCAUCAUUCACAUAGUUGCUGGCUUGGGAUUUGAGUGGGCAUUGCACCCAAUUUUAGAUGCUGGAGUCGGUGUAAAUUUCCGUGAUAUCAGUGGUUGGACUGCCUUACAUUGGGCUGCACGUUUUGGGAGGGAAAGAAUGGUUGCUGCCCUGAUCGCAUCUGGUGCAUCAGCUGGAGCAGUUACCGAUCCCACAACUCAAGAUCCAUUCGGUAAAACUCCUGCUUAUAUUGCUGCCAAUUUUGGACACAAGGGACUUGCUGGAUAUCUUUCAGAAAUGGCACUAACCAGUCAUCUCUCCUCCCUCACAUUUGAAGAGAGUGAGCUGUCUAAAGGAUCUACUGAUUUGGAAGCAGAAAAAAUCAUUAUUCAAGACUCCACAGAAAAUCCCCCAACAAAUGAGGAUCAGCUUUCAUUGAAGCACACGUUAGCUGCAGUCAGGAAUGCUGCUCAAGCUGCAGCACGCAUUCAAUCUGCAUUUCGGGCACAUUCUUUCAGGAAGAAACACCUGAAAGAAGCUGCCUCUUUUGCGGCUGGGGAUGAAUAUUAUACUCUCUCAGAUGACAUUCAGUCUCUUCCAGCUGUUUCCAGCUCAGCAUUCCGUUCAACACGCAAUUAUAACUCAGCAGCUUUAGCCAUUCAAAAGAAAUAUCGAGGAUGGAAAGGGCGGAAAGACUUUCUGACUUUCCGUCACAAAGUAGUAAAGAUACAGGCUCAUGUACGAGGCUACCAGGUUAGAAAGCAUUACAAGGUCUGCUGGGCUGUGGGAAUUUUAGAAAAGGCAGUACUUAGGUGGCGUAGAAGGGGAAAUGGACUUAGGGGAUUUCAACCUGAGGCAGAAUCCAUUGAUGAAACUGAGGAUGAAGACAUCCUCAAAGUUUUCCGCAAGCAGAAAGUGGAUGCAACAACUAAUGAGGCCGUCUCAAGGGUCAUGUCAAUGGUCGAAUCUCCACAGGCACGCCAACAGUAUUAUCGCAUUCUUGAAAACUAUCGACAGGCUAAGACGGAGCUUCAAAGCACGGGAAUCAAAGCAACACCUCAUGGAGGGAUCUCCCCUAUGGAAAGCAAUGAAUGACAUAUAUAAUAAUGACUUCACCUAGUUGCAAAUUACUGUCUGAUAUGAAAGACUGCGGUGUCCUUAGCGUGUACAUAGGUAUGUAAAGAGAUGAUUAAAUUCCAUCAAUAUGUUUCCAAAUCUUGUAUGGUUGGGAAGGGGUAUGUUACUCCUUAGCAAGAUUAUUCAUCAAGGAAAGUUGCGUUUUUCAAGAACAUCAGCCUAACUCGCACGCUUACACUAUGUUUGGUUCAAGGAAAAGAAAAUGAGAAAGGAAAACAUAUUUCUUGUUUGCUUCUUCCACCAUUAAUGGAGGUUUGAGAAGCUAACCCUAGGUUCAAAGAAAAGAACUCAAACAAUGAAAGCUAGAAGUGGAU